AGCCUCGUGGGCAGCUCCUGCACCAGCCCUUGGGGUUCUUCACCAUUCCAUGCCAUGGGCACAGUGGUCAACGUUCACCUGCCCCAUCUCUUCCCACAGGUGAGCGUGGCAGGCUAUGGGAUGGAUGAAGCUGAGCAGGACCAGUAUGAAGCUCGGCUCAAGGAGCUCUUCGACAGCUUUGACAGCACGGGCACGGGGUCCCUGGGGCAGGAGGAGCUCACUGACCUCUGCCACAUGCUGCACCUGGAGGAGGUGGCCCCAGCACUGCAGCAGACCCUCCUCCAAGGAAACCUCCUAGGCAGGGUCCACUUUGAUCAGUUUAAAGAAGCACUUAUCCUCAUCUUAUCCAGAACCCUGUCAAAUGAAGAGCACUUCCAAGAACCAGAUUCCUCCCCGGAAGCACAGCCCAAGUACAUCAAAGGUGGCAAACGCUACGGCCGGCGUUCCCUGCCGGAGUUCCAGGAGUCCGUGGAGGACUUUGCUGAGGUGACGGUCAUCGAGCCUCUGAGCGAGGAGGCACAUCCCACACACAUCCCCUCCAGCGAGCAGCGCUGGAAGACGCGAGACAGCGAGGAGUACGAGGCCGAGGGACAGCUGCGCUUCUGGAACCCGGACGACCUGAACGCCUCCCCUGGCACCUCCCCCAGCCCAGACUGGAUAGAGGAGAAGCUGCAGGAGGUCUGUGAGCACCUGGGGAUCACCAGGGAUGGCCACCUGAACAGGAAGAAGCUGGUUUCCAUCUGUGAGCAGUACGGGUUGCACACGGUGGCUGGGGAGGUGCUCGAAGAGGUGCUCCACAACCUGGAGCAAGAUGGGACCAUGAGUGUAGAGGAUUUCUUUUAUGGCCUGAUUAAAAAUGGGAAGUCACUGACACCCUCGGCGUCUACUCCGUACCGACAGCUGAAACGGCACCUCUCCAUGCAGGCUUUGGACUUCAGCUUGGAUGGGAAGGUGAACUUGACGGAGCUGACGCUGGCCCUAGAGAAUGAGCUCCUAAUAACCAAGAAUGGGGUCCACCAGGCAGCCCUGGCGAGCUUCAAAACGGAGAUCAGGCACCUCGUGGAGAGGUUUGACCAAGUGGCCAGAGAGAAGGAGAAGCUGCGGUCGGACUUGGAGAAGGCCGAGAAGCUGAAAUCCCUGAUGGCCUCCGAAGUGGACGAUCACCACGCCGCGAUUGAGCGCCGGAACGAGUACAACCUCAGGAAGCUGGACGAGGAGUACAAGGAGCGAAUCGCGGCCCUGAAGAACGAGCUCCGGAGAGAGAGGGAGCAAAUCCUGCAGCAGGCCAACAAACAGAGGCUGGAGCUGGAGCAGGAGAUUGAAAAGCUGAAAACAGAUGAGAAUUACAUCCGGGACCGCCUGGCCCUGUCCCUGAAGGAAAACAGCCGCCUGGAAAGCGAGCUGCUGGAAACGGGAGAGAAACUGGCCGAGUGUGAAAGUCUGGCAAGCAAACUGCAGAGGAACUUGGAAAACGUCCUGGCUGAGAAGUUUGGUGACCUGGAUCCCAACAGUGCAGAGUUUUUCCUGCAGGAGGAAAGACUGGCCCAGAUCAAGAGCGAGUACGAGCAGCAGUGCAGAGAGCUGCAGGACCAGAUCGAUGAGCUGCACUCAGAGCUGCAGGAGUACCGUGCCCAGGGCAAAGUGCUCAGGCCUUCCCUGAAAAAUUCCCUCUCGGAAGAGUUCGAUAUCGACGUGAAGAGUCACGGCAACAGCGGGAUCGAGCCUGACCAAGGACUUGGUUCAGAAGACUGCAACCCACUAAAUAUGAGCAUAGAGGCAGAAAUGGCCAUUGAGCAAAUGAAGGAGCAACAUCACAGGGAUCUACAUCACCUCAAACAGGAGCUUGAAGACACAGUGAGCCACUAUGAAAAGCAGCUGGACGAGACAAAAGCCCACUGGGAAAAGGAGCAAGAGGAUAUGAGGAAGAAGUACUCCGAAGAGAUGAAUGUCAUGGAAAAGCAGAUCACUGGCCUCAAAAAUCAAAUAGCAGAGCUGCAGGGAGAGGCAGCAGCGCUCAGGGAACAGCAGGAAGAGCUCGACAGCAAACACAACGACGAGAAAAACAAGCUACAAGUGUGUUUUGAGGAGGAAAAAGCCAGCCUGCAGGAACUGCUGAGGCAGGAGCACGAGGAGGACGUCAGGGCCAGACUGGAGCAGGUGAACGAGAAGUUCAGCCAGGAACGGGAAGAACUGAUUCAGAACGGUGUCUGGGUGGAAGAGAAGAUGAGAGUCCUGGUGCAGACGCUGCGGGAGGAGAAGGGAGAGCUGGAGCGCGGCUUCCACGAGCAGCUGAAGAGGCUGGCUGAGGUGCACGCCCUGGAGAAGGAAGAGCUGCAGCAGGAGCUGCUGAGGAAGCACGAGCAGGAGCUGGAGGAGGAGAGAUGCGAGGCCGAGAAGCUCCGAGAAGAAAACGCCGUUCUGAAAAACGAGGUGACUCUGUUAAACGAGGAAGGAAGCGCUUCCAGCCUGAAGCUGAGGGAGCUAAACGGAUCCAGGGAAGAGAUGAGGCAAAAGAUAGAGGCUGUGAGGAAGGAGAAAGUGGCUGUGCAGAAGAUGGUUGAGAACCUGAAAAAGCAGGUGGCAGAUCUGAAGACCAGGAACCAACAGCUGGACUCUGAAAAUACGGAACUGAGCCAGAGGAACUCCAAAAACCAGGCAGAUGUGCAGGAUCUCAAUCAACAGCUGGCAAGGGUGCUCGAGCAAAAGGAGAGGGAAGAGGGAAAAUGUACCCUGGAAGAAUGGGAAAAGGAGAGACUGGUACUGAAACAGGAACUGGAAAACUCCAAAAGAAAGUCCUCAAAUCUGGUGUCGUCCCUGGAGGUGGAGGUGUCAAAGAUGAAGGUUCAAGCUCAUCUGAUGGAGCAGGAGAACCACAUCCUCAAGCAGGAGCUGGAGAAGACAAAACAGCUGCCCAGAUGCCCUGAUCUCUCUGACCUCCAAAACGAAGUUUCGAGCUUAAUUACGAAAAAUGAAAAGCUGCAGAAGGAGAAAGAAGCCCUGAGUGAGGAACUGAACAGAUGUAUUGAUAAGGUAGCUCAAGUCAGCUGCUUAGAGAGUGCAAUUAGCAGCUUGAAGCAGGAGCAGAAAUCCUGGGAACAGCAGAGUCAGGCACUGAAAGCACAGCUCACCAUCUCACAAGAAAAGGUUCAGAGCCUUGAUGAAACACUGCAGAGCACCAACCUCCAAGUGUCCCGACUGAAAUCUGACUUACAGGUGACGCAGCAGGAGAAGGAAACUCUGAAACAAGAGGUGGUGUCACUGCACAAGCAACUGCAGAGCACCAGUGAAAAGAAUCGGGUUCUGGAAGGGGCUGUGCCUUCCCCAGGGCUGCAGGACCAGCAGGGGCCAAUGCCCUGGGAUGGAGUGGAGCAGCUGACGGAUCGGGAGCAGAGCCUGCUCAGGCAGGAGAAUGAGAGGCUGCAGAGGGAAGUGCAGAGCACUAAAACAGACCUGGCUCACUCCAGGGAGAAGAUCCGACAGCUGGAAUCUACAAUCCUUUCCCUAAAGCACCAAAAGCAUCAAAGCCAGUCAGGCAUUGUCAAAGCCAUAGAGCAGGAGAAACUGAGCCUGAAGAGAGAGUGUGAGCAGCUGCAGAAGGAGUUGUCAUCUGCAAACAGGAAGAUCAGUCAGAUGAAUUCUCUGGAACGUGAACUGGAAACCAGCUCAGAAAAUGAAGGGCUAAGGAAAAAGCAAGUCAAGCUGGAUGAUCAGUUAAUGGAGAUGCUCCACUCCAGCUCCAGCGGGAUGCGUAGCCAGAGCCCGCAUUCCUGGGAGCUCCAGCAGCAAGGCUGUGCCGUGGUGCCCAGGGAACAGUUCCUGCAGCUCCAACACCAGCUACUCCAGGCAGAGAGGAGGAGUCAACGUCUUCAGGAAGAGCUCGAGAGCCGACCCUCGGACACGAACAUGCAGCAGGGGGGUCACGAGCAGCUUCUAAAAAUGAUGGAAGAGCGUAUGAUGGAUGUUGAACAGAAACUAAGGCUUGUGAAGAGGCUUCUCCAAGAUAAAGUAAAUCAGCUGAAAGAACAACUCUCCAAGAACACCAAAGCGGACGCGAUGGUCAAGGAUCUCUACGUGGAGAACGCGCAGCUCCUCAAGGCCCUGGAGGCGACGGAGCAGCGGCAGAAAUCCGCGGAGAGGAAGAACUAUCUGCUGGAAGAAAAAAUUGCCAACCUCAACAGGAUAGUGAGGAACUUGGCAUCCCCUUCCUUCAGCUCAGCGUCCGAGGUCAGGUCGUAGUGGAGCCGCUCCGGGUGUCCCGGGCCCGAGCACUUUACUGAAAUGAAGCUGAUGGUUCAGCUUCUCACUGCGUUGCCUUUUCUUUUUCUUUUUUUUUUUUAAUGGAUGAAUUUUGGUUAACAAGGAGAGCACAGAGCUAAAUUCCCAAACUGGGCACUGCCAAACGAGAGUUUUGUUUGUUCCCAGAUUGUCUUUCUGCUAAGUUUUGCCUAAAAGUAACAUUCGCUGCGUAAAAGAACCAAACCCGUGUGUUUUCUGGGUUAACUUAUUUUGCUGCCUCGGGUUUCAUGUAAAAUCUAAAUUCUGAAUUUCCUGUACCUGCUCAGUUUGUUGAAGACUGACCUGUCAGUAUUUCUAGGUUUUGGAGCAUGAGUUAUCAUUCCCAGAAUCCACAUUGAAGCCAAGGCCUAAAAGCAAAUUUACAUCACUGAAUUCAAAGCUUUAAAAUAUUUUUGGCUUUCUACAAUACUUCAUGCUCCAAACCUAGAAAUGCUGAUAGCUCAGGCUUCAGCUGACCAGUCAGCUGAAAUAUAAAUGUCAGUAUAAAUGUUAUCGAAGGCAAGACUUUCCUGGGAUGGUCUGUGUCCUACAAACUGAUUCCGGUCUUUCUAAAGAAAUUAUGCAUUAGGCUUCUGAGUUAUUCUUCAUAGCUUUUUCUGUGCAGAGCUCAGAAAAAAAAGGUUUAUUUAAAAUAUAUAACUAGACUGCUGCCUCCAACUAAGUGUAAAAGUAUUUCAUGUGAAGAAAUUUCCCAACUGGCAAAUAAAGACUAUUUCUAUUUUUGAUUUUUUUUUUAAGCUGCCAGACAACUUAUAAAUUGUAGAGGCCUUAAUUUUUUUGUAUGUGGAAGUAAGUUAUAUUAAACACAGGAAGAGUCGCUCCACGGAAGCGAAGAUGGGAGUUUUGUUUGUAUAAUUCUGUAAAUUAUUAUAUAUAUAAUUUGUAAAUUCAGUAGAGCAGUGCAGUAUGUUUAUUAAACAGCUGGCAGAAGAAUGAAAAGGGGCACUUGGAUGGUUUUGUCAGUGGAAUCCUGGCGUUGGAAUCCUCACAAACACGGAGCUUUGCCGUGAAUGCAGCGUUUGUUUUGACCUGAGGGAUGAUCUGUAGUAGAUCCUAGUACAGAAUUCAAGUCUGUGAUUAAUUGUAAUUAAUUGUGUGAAGAGACAUAUUCAAUGUGAAUACAAAGAACUCAGGGAAUAACAGCUUAAGUUAAAUUCCUUCAAUGUUGUAAAUGUGGACAUAAAUGUCAGUAGAGGAAGAUAAAUAACGUGUUAGGAAAAGCAGGAUAAACCAAAUUGUAUCUGUGUGAGUAUUACCUUAGUCCUCCUUAACCAACAGAGGAGCAUCAAGGUUUGGAAUGAGAGGGGAUCCCUCCUGUUGGAUCAGUGGGGGAGGCUGGGAGAAUGCAAGUUUUUUGGGAACACCUUCAAGCCAGACCAGUAAGACACCACUAAACACUGUAAAUCAAACUGGUGACAGGGGCCACGCUGGCAAUACUUGAAACUGGACCUCUUUAAACAGAUGGUUGAGAACACAGAGGGAGAGGUGUUUUGUCUCAGAGACCACUAGCAAGGUGAUAAUUCUGUCAUGAGCCAGGAGUCCCCCAGAAACUGGGAUAACACUGCCUGCAAGCUGUGGAGAACCUCUGGAAAAGGAGUUUUAUUUGGUACUGUUUAGCAUGUGGCUGUAGAGGAUGCUCUCUGUGUCUAUGGGGUUACUUCUUAAUUUUGGAGGGUUGGUGGACCUUCUCCUCCUCCUCCUCCUCCUCCAUUGCA